AUGACUGAGCGAAAUGACGGAGACGCGGCAUCCCAGCGGAGCGGGGCAAGCUCAAACAGCGGGAACAUGAGCGAGACCUCGUCUCAGCAGUCUGAUGCAAAAUUUUUACGAAAGCGCGCUUUAAAAGGGCAACAUGGAGCAAAUGAUGAAACGGAUUUAUUGGAGCAAAAGAAGAGCUUUCAAGAAGGCGUCUUUGCUUGCAUGUACACGCUGGUUCGGCAAUCAGCGCUUUCACAACUGGCUUUCGCCGUGCUGAAGGUGGUUCUAGAGUUUUUGAUGAAUUUCAUCGUGGCCUUCAACCCCAGUUUUAAGACAUGGCGUAUUGACACAUCCAGCCCCCUGUGGCAAGUGGUCCGCUGGGCGGUGUGGCGGUCACCAAUCAUGCGGCUGUACGGCUAUAAAACAUACGUGAUUGUUAUGUACGUGAUGGCGUCCCUCGUACUCGUGGCCGUGGUCGGGCUGGUGUGGCUGACGCUGGCGAUGCGGAAACAGGAGCAGUCCAAGGUCCUACGCACGGCGGCCACGGCACUGCAUGUGGUCUUUGACAUCAUGUUUGUAAUGUGCUAUGUCUCAUUCUUCGACUGCUCCUUCUUAUCCACCAAGGAGCACCUCUACUUCACCGGCGUCGCUUGUCUAGAAAUGCCUCACCUGCUGCACAUGCUGGUGGCGCUGUCCGCUGCCGCGCUGUUCCUGAUUGUUACGGCGCUCGUGGUGGUGGCGUCAGCGGAACUGAACCCCGUCUCUUGCGCCUACCUGUCUACGCCGGCGUCAGUUGUUAGGCUCAAAAUCCUAUUUACCAAAGCGGUGUACGUUAUCCUGGCAGACUGCCUUGACAGCCAUAGUCGGCUGCAGAGCUUAGGCAUGGCGGCGGCUGUGGUGCUUAUCUUAUACUGGAACUUCCGGGCGAUGCCUUUCUACCGUAAAACGGUCAACAUCGUCUGGACGGGGCUGUGGGGAGGUGUCCUAUACACAUGCUUGGUGCUUAACGUGGUGACAUUCGGUAAAGACCAGUCACCGGAGCGCCACAGGGAAAUGACCAAACUUGUGCUGUUAGGCAUCUUCCCUGCGAUUCUGAUGACCAUGCUCGUACAAGCCUUGUACGUGUGGUGGGCGAUGCGCCCGGCGCGCAAGUUUCGAAACCUUGAGUUGGGUAUCAAGCUGUCCAAGGUCUACAAAUUUGAGUCGGUGUACGAGGUGGAGCGGCUGGCUCGCGUGAUGCGCAAGUUUGACACCGAAGGGCUGGUAGAGGAAGAUGCGGCCGCACUGGGGGAGACCAUCAUCAAGGCCGGCCUGCAGACCUUCCCCAAUGCGCCGCACCUCCUCAUCCUGUACGCCAACUUUGUGCUGGAAGUUCGCAAGGACGGCCCAGCGUCAAGAACACAGUUGCAGCUAGCGGCAAAGCAUUCGCCCGAUAUCAUCCAGCGCUACCAGAUCUUCUGCACCUACGAGGCCAGCAAGCGGCUCAAGGGCAGCCAGCAGGACUGUAUGGACCUGCAGGCGUACACUGAAUUCAAGAGGAACUUCAGGGCGGUUUUGCGCGUCCAUCGCGAGGUGCUGGUGAUGCAAGCGGAGCUAUGGCAGCUUUGCAUGCGGCCCUCGCUGAGAGUGAGGCAGUUUGACGAGGCACUGGACGCGCUGGAAGCGGCAUCGUCACGGGCAAACCAGGUCUAUAAAAGGGUCAUUGAACGCUACCCCAGCAAUGGCAAACUGCUGCGCUGCUACGGGAAGUUCCUGGAGGACGCGCGGCACGACCACGUGGCAGCGGUGAGGGCGUACACCGCGGCCAACCGCAAUGGCGCUGGCAUGGCAUUACUGUCACUGGAUCUGAGCUCGGGCCUGCACGGCGGCGAUAAGCCCGACUUUCUGACGUCCAUGUCAUUGGAGGAUGACGCAGUGGUGGUGAUUGACGCGGAGGGCACCAUCAUGAUGGUCAGCCAGGCAGUCCAAAAGACUUUUGGCUACGCCAAGACGGAGCUAGAGGGCGCAAAUGUGUCGAUACUGAUGCCGCAGCCCUUCAGCCAGCGCCACGACGCCUAUUUGUCUCGAUACGUGGCCAGCGGAGAGGCACAAAUUCUGGACAGCGUGAGGGAGGUGGUGGCACUGCACAAGGACCGUUACGUCUUCCCGGUGGCGCUUUGCGUCACCAGGCUUAGCGGCGUGGGGACGGAUAGCAUUUUUCUGGGCGUCAUCCGGCCGCUGCCCCCUGACAUCCGCAACCUUCGGGCGUGGAUUGCGCCCAAUGGCGUCUUCCUGUGUUCGGACCAGCAGUUCGCCUCCUCCAUUGGGGUAUUUGAGGGAGAUCUGGUCGGGCACCCGCUCUCCUCUCUGGCGGUGAACAGCGAGGAGGUGGAGGCGCUGCUGGAGCGCUGCAAGGCCGCUUCCGCCGCAGAGCUGGCCAGCGGGGAGAUCACCGCACAGCUGACUCUGAGGCACAGCUACACGGCGCCGGUGCCCAUGGCCGCCGUUGUCCGCCUGGCAGGUACCGACACUCAGCGCAUCCUGGUUCUUCACUGCCGACGCACUGAUGGGCUGGACGGCAGCAUGCUGGCUGUGGACACGCACAUGCGAGUCAAGUUUGCGUCGUGCGAGGUGGCGCUGCUGCUGGGCUACUCGAUGCGCAAGCUGGCCUCCAUGAGGCUGGACCAGCUGCUGCCGCCGCCGUACAACGCCCUCCACGCGAAAUGGCUGAGGGACCCUCCCCAUGUAGUUCCGCCCGCCAGCUGCCGCUCCGGCUCCGUGGUGCAUUUACAGCCUGAAUCCGGAUUCCCGGUCCCCGUCCGGCUGCAAAUUAGCGUUCUGGACAAUGCGAUACAGGGGGCAUCCACCGCCGCUGCCACCCUCUACGUGGUCCAGGUGCACAAGGUCCCUGCCGACGAGCUUUUUCACGAAAAGCGGCUGGUACUGACGCUGGAUUUUGCUGGCAAGGUGCUCAUGGUAUCGCCCCCUGACUCCGCCAUGUUUGACUUCCCCGCACUGUCACUGAUUGGCACCAACGUUUCUGACUCGGUCGACAUUUUUGCUGACUGGCGCCAGCGAAGUGGGGAUGCCCAGAUGCAGCUCAUCCUGCUGGCCCUCCUGUACAAGGAGCAGGAAAUGCCGGGUACAUCUUGGCGGGUCCGAGUGCACAGACCGGAGAGCGAUAAGGAGGCUGCGACCGCUAUGUCGUCGCUUGCAGCUGGAUCCGUAAGGGCCGGCGGCAGUCGGCGAAACUCUCUGUCUGCGUGCCUGCAGGUCGAGAUGCAGGAUAAUAGGGACGAAUUUCAGGCCAUUGAUAGGGAUGGCACUGGAGAACACGAGCCGCGGGUUCGCGUUACGCUGUGGCGGCGCGACCGACUCACCUCCGUGCUGGAGCUGGACGAGGAAUUAAUCAUUCGUCGUGCGAGUCCCCUCACGGGCCUUAUCACAGGGCUGCCCACGUCCGCGAUGCUGCGCAAGCCGUUGAGCAGGUUUUUGAACAUUCCGCACUCCGCGUCCUGGGAUAAGCUGGUGGCUGCCACACGUCAGCCGGGUCAUGGUCACCACAAAAAGAGCGCGCUGAAGGCCACCACCGACCGCGGCAGCAUCAGUCCCGUGAUGGCCUUCAUCGGGCCGCAUCCGGACUCGGGUACUAUGCGGCUGAUGGUGCAGGGAGUGCAAACCCUGGGGCCCGGGGGCAGGCCAAAAGUCACGCUCACCAUGCACCCCGACACCACCUUCGUGGGCGCGCACGCCAACCUCAUGCGUGUACUGAGGCUCAACGCAGACAUUGACAGAAGGGCCACAGCCGAUGGCGGGGCUGUCGCAGACGACGACGGUGUGCGUUCUCUGGCUGGCGGUCAGGCGCGCUCACGGGCGUCAUCGGCGUGGCAGUCUCGGACAGCAAGGAAAAUGAAGAGCAUGAAGCAGUCCGCAGCAGUGGAGGAGGAGGGCGACGGUGCAGCAGCUGGCGAUGCUCUGGAUGCGUUAGCGGCGGAGGCGGAAACAAAGACAGAAGCGGAGUUGGGUGCGAAUGGAGACAGCGAAAGUACCAACGGCUUAGAGGGACUUGGUAACAGUGAUGAAGAAAACGCUGGUCGGGAUGGAGGCGGUGGGGAGGAAAGACCGGACAGCAGGUCGAAGCAGCGUGAGGUGGUCAAGGCCACGCGGGGUGAAUUGGAAGAUGACAAUGAAGACCCGGGCGCCAGCCUUCACCGCCAGUCCACCUCCAAGUCGGAAUUUGUGGCCCAAUGGGUGCGCACACUGUCACACCGGGUCAGCGGCCGCCUGUGUCUUGAGGCGCCACUACAGCAGCAACCCCCAGGCACGCCCGGUGGCGGCGAGGACGGCAGUAGCGGCGGUGUGCUGCCUCAGUCAAGGGGUAGUUCACGCCUGGCUGCUGCAGCUGCAUGCGCUCCGUCGCGACUGUCUACCAUCAGGGAGGCCGCUGAUGCGGGUGCCGCCGAGAAGCAACUCGAUCUGGCUACACAGCCCUCAUCAGCUGGUUACCUACUGCACAGGGUCAACAGCAGGAGGGACUGGGCCGAUGCAGCCAGCAUGCCGCAAGCAGGCAGCCCCGCAGCUAAGAGCGGCGGAGGAGCCUCACACCGGGAUUCCCACGAGGACGAUGUCGAGGGGGGCCCUGUCGACGCCGGCAAGGAAGAGAAGGCCAUGAGCGAGAGUGGCGAGUCAAGCGCGGACGGCAGCCAGGCCGCCGGAAGCAUUAUAUCCAGUGCCACAGACGCCACUUCGGUGUCGGAGUACAUGAUUGACUCACGGCGGGGCCGGCUGCUCAAAGCUCUACACAAGCAGCUGCUGGGGCCGGCCCUCAUGAAGCACGUUGACCGGCUGAGGCUGCAGAGCUUCCUGCUGAUUGGUAUCAUGUUCGUCGCCCACGUGAUUGCGUACAGCAUUAUCACUUCGAUGAUCAAGACAGAACAUGACUACGUGUAUAGCGUGCACCGGCAGGCUAUGGCGAUGGACAGGUCGCAACUUAUUAUUGUGCGAAGUGUCGCCGGUGCCUUCUGUGAGCGCGCCAACGUAACCGAGAAGGUUUCGGUGUGCGCCAACUCCCUGAGCUUUACCCUGGAUAAGCUGAAGACCAACAUUGCGCGCAUGGAGGAGUACCAUCAGGGCGUGUACCUGGGGUUUGACAAGAAUAACGUGGACAGGCUGUCGCAAAACGUAUAUGACGUAUGGACCAAACACGGACUGGAGUACCACGCGGGCGCCUGGCAGCUGGGUAACCGCUUCAUCGCGGCGGCACGGGAGGCGCUUUACCUGCUGCCGAAGCUGCGCGAUAAUUAUAAGCUCCACCGGACGUACCAAUUCAUCAAGACUAAUGGGUUGGGGCCACUGUUCGAGGGCUACGCGGCUAGUCUGGACAUGCUGGUGGAUGCGGCGUGGGCCAGUAUUGGCAAGCUACGAAUGGACCUGCUCGUCACGCUGGUUGUGGAGGCGAUUGUGGUACAGCUGUGCUGCACUUGCUACGAGCUUUACCUGGUGCAGCGAACCGAAUGGGCGCGGCUGCUGGGGGUGCUGGCCAUGCUAGGGUUGCCGGGCCCGGUUCUCAGGCAACUGGCCAGCUCGGAUACGAGGAUUGUCGACGACAGCGACGACGAAUCGGACGAUGACGAUGAUGAUAGCAGGGCAGGCGACGAGGAAGAACGACGUGGCGGUGCGACGGCAGCCCGGGCUGGCGAUAAUAACAGUGGCGACCGGGACAGCGCCCCGGAUCGUGAUCGCGAUCGUGGCGGCGCGGGCCUCGUACCGACCGCCGCGCCGCAGUUACAGUCUGGUGAUGUUGCGGAACCAGCAGACGUAGCGGGGCCCCUCCAGCGGCUUGAACGCAAGCCAGCGGACCUUAGCAACGAGCCCCGUGCUAAUCCGGCGCCGAAGCAUGUGGUGCGCCUACUGUCCGGGCGUAGGAACCUUAGUAAUGACGGGCAGGUGGACGGCAUGGCCGCGCCCGCUUCCGCACCAUCCAGCAAACCCGGCUCUCCGAAGCUUGACGUGGAGGAGAGGCCCUUGCCGGCGGCCGGCGGCCAGGCGAAUGCCCCUGCUCUGCGCGCGGUGUCCCCUCGGAAGGCCGCACGGACACGCGGUCAGCAAAGCAUCUCUCGGUUCUGGAUGCAGAUCAACGGCAAGACAUUGAGACCAUCGUUCUGGAACGUGGCCAAAUUUAUGGUGCCGUUCUUCCUGUGGAACCUGGCGGUGAUCCUGGUGUACGCCGUGUCGCUGAUGAAGCUGAAUGGCAUGCAGGGCCCGCUGGCCUCCCUCAACAUGGCCUCCCACGUCACCUACCGCUACACCCGGGUGCGGGCCAUUGCACUGGCAUUCGUGACGCAGGACGACGCUGCCUCGCGGGACGUGUGGCGCCCUAUGUUGCUGAGCGAGCUGAGUCUAUUCGAGAGCGAGUACAAUGCGGUCAUGUACGGCGGAGAGCCCUCCUCAAUGGCCAAAAGCACGUUCCGGCGUGUGGUCCCCGCGGGCACCUUCGCUUCCAGCUCCUUUGCACAGGCGUUCUUCCGCAGCAAGGCCUGCUUCCGAUACGACAAGAGCACAUGCUUCCCGCCGGGACAUGUGUACUAUGAGGUGACCCACAAUGGUUUGGAUGUCAUGGUCAGGAGGAUGUUGUCGGAGAUGAAGCUGUUGGCGGAGGAUGCAGAUCAGGACGUGGCGUAUAACAGCUCUAGGUACACCUUCAUGGCGGUGGUUGGGGCCAAUGACUUGUACGAAGGGCUACAGCAAGCGGCAGAACUGUUCGUGGACUAUUCAAUCUCGCGAUAUGUUGAAGUCUCCAUCCUGCACACGGCGCUUCUCUGCAUCUCAGUGGCGCUGGUGUUAGGCUUUUUCGUGUUUGUGUUGUGGCCCCACAUACGGCUGUUGCUGCGGGAUGCGGCCCGUCUGGGCGCCCUGCUGAGCAUGGUCCCGCCAGAAAUGGAUGUGCGCGCACACGUGCGAGGGGUACUGCGUAGGGCGACGGGACGCGCACUCAGGCAAACGUUGGCAGCAGCUGCGACAGCGGCCACAACACCACUGGCAACAUCGGCAGGCGCAUCCUCGGGUGUUGACAAGUCGGCUACUACGGGAAGGCCCGCCGGGCAAGUUGCGGCGGUCAAUUACCCGCACAUGCAAAAGUGGCUGGCGGACUGCUCCAGGGUUUCGGCCUUUGGUCGCUGGUUACGUUCGGCGGGUACGGAACAACAUGCGUGAAGGGUGAAUGGACGACCUCCCUUGGGCUAAUGGUCCUUGGGGUGGUAAUGCGAGCGCCUUUUUAGUGCAAUAAACUUUCGGUUGAUAUAAAGGUCCUGUUGCGUGGCAGGACGGCUCGAAGUCCCGCGUCGAUGGGAUGUGAUUCAUCGUGCGUGCUGACUAAGGGCUUCGAGGCUUGUGGCAUCUGGCAUGCAGGUACAUGCACGAUCUCGGAGAGAUGUAUUUCGCAUUUCGAAGCAUGAAAUAAUGUUUGGAAAGGGCUCGACGAUUUGACAGUCGCAUAUUUCAGUGGUACACGCAUCCAAACUUGGGCACCCAGCCCAGGUGCGAGGUCGGCUGCUGUACCCGUCCGCAACAGGAUGCACAACAUCGCAUUUCCAUAACGUCAUUCUUUAUGUUAUGGCGACUCUCCGCCUGCUUGAUGUUUUAUACCUCGGUAGCACUCGUGGCACUGCGGCGAUAGGAAUUAGCUAAUGCCGUGCCGUGCAACUGACGUGGAAUGAUUACGAAACGUUGUCAUCCGGGCUCAUGUUAACAGCUCCAAAAUCGUACGGACGUAUUAUAGCACGAGUUGAUACCACUUACGGUCCGUACUGGUCAUACACCCUUUAAUUAUGAAGU